AUGGAGAUAGGCAGACAUGGGCAGGACAUGGGAGGAUUCGGUACUGAUGGGACGGAAUGGUCCGGCCGAGUACAGACAACCCUGCCUCCUUGCAAGAGGCCGAGGCAACGGGUCCGUAUCGGCCGAGUCGGACAUAAACCGGUGUGGUAUAGAAGAGUCGAGCUGCUUGACUUCUAUAGCGAAAUGGGGUUCUGCGAGGGUAGCCCAAGUUUGAACACCACAGCAGUCAGUGGGGAUGAGGGUGAUGAUGGGGUCAGGUUGUGGUCUGUUGGGGCAGGCGAGCUUGGUGUGGGCGAGGAAGGGAACUGGAGGGAUGUUGAUGUCAGUGUUGGGGCUGGGGUCCUCGAGGUAGUUGAUUCGAGAUCGGUUGGUGUUGAUGUUGAUGAUGGCAAAGGGGGUGGUGUCGAGUCAUUGGUCUUGUUGGUGGCGUAUGGCUUGGGUAGUUGGAUUAGGGUGGCGGGUAGGGGAUGUAUUGACCUGUGGGGCGGUGGGGGGCAUCUGGGUUUUUGGUUUAGGGACGGUCUUGGUGAGUGUUGA